GCCAGGGGAGGGAGAGUUGUAUCCGGAUACGUGGUGGGGGUAGAGGCGGUCCCUGUCCCACCCUCGCACGGCACAGAGAGCAGAAUAGAGUAGAGACGUAGCCCAGCCGUCCCACCUCUACACAAAAACUAAAGAUGGCAACCUCCAGCACUCCGCUAAUCUCUCUGCUUCUAUUCGCGGUUUCCGUUACAAUAGUCUUCUGUCAAUACGAGAAAUACAGCUUCAGGAGUUUUCCGCGUCAUGAACUAAUGCCGCUAGACUCUGCGUAUAAAUACGCGCUGGACCAGUACACUGGAGAGAAAUGGCAGGAGACAGUUGACUAUCUCGAGGUCUCUCUUCGGUUGUACCGGCUGCUCAGGGACAGCGAGGCCUUCUGCAACCUCAACUGCAGCUCCGUGCGGCUGGACAACGAGGAGAAGUUUACCGACUUCCCGGAGCUGCGUGUGUUCGGUAACGUUAUGAAGAGGGCGCAGUGUCUCAAGCGGUGCAAACAGGGGCUGCCCGCCUUCAGACAGACCAUGCCCAGCCGGGACACCGUGGAGGAGUUCGAGAAACGGGAACCAUAUAAAUACCUGCAGUUCGCCUACUUCAAAUCUGAUAACCUGGCCAAGGCAGUGUCUGCUGCCCACACCUUCCUCCUGAAGCACCCUGAUGAUGAGAUGAUGCAGAGGAACAUGGCCUACUACAGGACUCUACCUGGAGCUGAGGAACACCUCACAGACCUGGAGACCAAGUCCUACGAGAUGUUGUUUGUGCGAGCGGUGCGGGCGUAUAACGGUGAUAACUACCGUACCUCAGUGUCAGACAUGGAGCUGGCUCUAAGGGAUUUCUUCAAGGUCUAUGACGAAUGUCUGGCUGCUUCAGAAGGAGCCAGGGAGGUCAAAGACUUCAAAGACUUCUACCCCUCCAUUGCUGGUCACCCCUUGGUUUUGGAUUGGACGGUGAGGUGUGAGGCCGAGCUGACUCCUGUGGUUGGAGGAUUCAUCGUAGAGAAGUUUGUAGCAACCAUGUACCACUACCUACAGUUCGCCUAUUACAAACUGAAUGACCUGAAGAACGCGGUUCCGUGUGUGACCAGCUACAUGUUGUUUGACCCCAGUGAUGAGGUGAUGAAGAACAACGUGGUGUAUUACCAGUACCACAGAGACAAAUACGGACUCAGCGAUGAAGAUUUCCUACCUAGAUCGGAGGCAGUACGGUACUUGAACCAGACCACCAUGCAGCUAGAGAUGCUUGAGUUCUCCAGACAACACCUAGCGAGCGAUGACGAGGGGGAAGUGAUGGAGUUUCUAGAUGAGUUCCUGGAUGCUUAGGAUCAGUAG